GCAGCCCAAGGGCCAUCGCAGGGCGUCAUGAGCCGAACGAAGGCGUCCGGACGCUUGCAAGGACCUCGAGCUUCAGAGAGAGGCUGUGUGCAUGUUUGAGCAGCCCUCGCGAUAUACGCGCCGAGUACUGCAAUUGGGGGCGCGUUGCAGUUCAAAGCAUCUAUUUUUAUAGUACAAGAGCGGGAGGCGGUAAGUCUGCGAACGCCGAGCCACAGCAGCUCACAGUGCUGCAGGGAGAGCAGCUCCAAAUGAGACGCGCGCGCACGAUGCGGCCCGCUUUGUUGAUAGUGGCAUGUUGUACGCGCGUCGACGCGCUGCAGCUCCACCACCAUAAAACCGUGCGACGGCGAGACGUGUCCCAGAAAGCGCUGCGCCUCGACCAGCCCCUGUUAAGGAUAGGCAACAAGGUCACGAACUGGGUCCCGGCGGUCGGCGCCGUGGCUGGCGCGACCGUUGUUGGCGCCGCCGCCGUCGUCGCGGGCGGCUAUGGGUUGUACUACGCGGGCAACCUCGUGGCCGGCGCGAACUUGGCUGGUCCCGACUGGGCGAAGAGGCGGGUCGGCCAGCUCAAAGCCGUCGGCGAGUCCGUUUCGUUAGCUUUCCAGGAUUUACAACGGGACGACUCCAUCACGCUGGAAGAUACGUGGGCGCCUUGUCUCUUGGAAGCGCGCGAGGACUUUGGCGAGUGGCGAGGAGGUCCCGCGUACACGGCGUACCGGUUCAAACUGAAACAAGGUAGUAAAGCGAUCUUGCCGUUGGAGUUGGGCCAGGAGGUCACCUUCGUCGGGUUAGACGAUCGCAACAGACCAGUACGGGCGUCCUUUCCGCUCGCGUCGGGACGGCGAGAACCAGGAUAUGUGGAAAUCGUGGCGCCCGCGGCCGGAGCUAGGCGAGAUGCAAGGGUAGCCAUGGGCGGCUGCACGCCCGAUCAAAAGGCUGUGGUCGAUGCCUUUGAUCAGUUGCAGGCGGGCGGCGAGGCCGCGGUACGGCCCGGUAGGUUAGCCUUCCAGUACGAGGGGUCGUACCUACCCAUCACCAAGCUCACGUGCUUCUGCGAGGAGGCUGGGGCUUUACCCAUCAUCCAGCUCCUCAAGGAAUCCCUACCGAGAGGCCAAAGUACGAUCGACAAGGCCUCGGUCUUCUGGAUCAACGGCGACGAGGACGACUUUGCGCUCUAUGAUGGGUUGGAGGCGUUAUUUUAUAAAUUUGCGCGGAAGAUGGAGCUGGCUUGUGUAGUGGACGGUGAAUUGCACGCGAACGCGCAGCCCGCGGGCAGUAGCGACGAAGGGAAACGGCUUGCGAAAAGGAAGAAGACGUCGGAUCUCGUCUUCCAGCGCAAUUCUGACUUGUCCGGUGCCGUGGAGCCGUGGGCGCCCGGGACACUAGCUGUGGUGGCGGGCUGUGUGGAAAUCAAAAUUUUACGGCGCGUUCACGCCAUCGACGCGACGCCUGCUCGAUAGCGUGGUGGUGCUCGUUCCUGACCGUGCACCCGAGUCACUGGUUUAUUUCCACACAGGUGGCCGGGCCCGACCACUUCGUGGACCAGGUGGUCUCGCACCUGACGCUGACGAAGGGCUACCCGGCGGACUGCGUCGUCUACUUCUAGGUCUGGUAAGUUCUACUGAGGAAUUCCCGCCCAACAUUUCGUUAAACUUUGGGGAGAGGGGUACUAGGUCUCGCGUGAUCGACGCGAAAC